AUGACUAAAUCCAAGUCAACCCUAUUUUCGCUCACAAAGAACCCAGUCGGGCCAGAUGGCCAGCCUCUGCGACGAUCUGAACGUCUCAAGAUCACCGAGAGCAAGGACGAGCUCUUCAAAGAGCAUCAGAAGGAUGAAGGCAUCAACUACGAGAGGCGUGUGCUGUAUAACCCUGAGAAGAAAAAGUUCUUCAAGCUCUACGCUGUCAGAGCAGUCGACGUCAAGCUUGACAAUCUGUGGCCAGGAAGAAUUGUCAAAGCAAUCGAUUGUUAUCCUCAGACAGACACGAAAGCAGAACCUUAUGAUGGAACUAUCGGCAAAACUACCAUAGCAGGUCCAAUCGCCGCCAAGUUCCGCUACAUGAUUGUCGUGUGGAGAACAGAUGCUGGCGUGGCCGCUAUCCCACUCUAUACCCUGGAUGAAGCCAAACUGCGCCAGACCAGGAUGGAUGAAUAUGUCAGUGUCUCUACAUUACCUCUCUGGCGCGGCAACACCCCCUGGGCCGGAAUGCCUAUACUUGCAAAGUUCAACAAAGAGUACAACUGUGAACCAAAAUGUUACGCUGAUCUGUCCCGACCCCACUGGAUCAGUCAGUGGGAGACUAUUUACGACGAUGUUGGCCGCAUCGAGGGUGGAGAAUACAGCAGACUGAUGGAUCUUCUCACCAUGAAGGAGCGAGAAUCCAGAACCGCUGCUUUUGCCAAGUUCGAUACGAACGACGGCAACUCUGAGCCAUGGUCACCUUGGAGGCCUGAUCACGAACACCAGCCAAAACCUGGUGUUAGAUUUGCCAAUGAAAAGUCGAGAAGGAUGAGCAAGAAGAAGUUCCAGCGGGUUUGA